AUUAAAUCAUGUGCGAUUAUUGAAAUUAGUUCGGUGAAACGUGCUGCAUUAAAUUUAUUGGAAAUCAUAUAAUUCUAAUAAAAUUAUUGUUAAAAAGUGUCAUAAAGUGCUAUUCUAAGUGAUAAAUAUAAUAAGUUAUGAAAAGUUAAAAAAUUUUCAUCAAAAUUGUGAAAUUAAUUUGGCUGAGAAAAAACGUGACCUUAAAUUAGGGAACUAACGGUAAAAGUAGCAAAAACAGCAACAACAACAAUUUUUACAUAUAGACAGCAAAAAGUGGGCUCGUCUUUCAAUGAAACACGUCGUAGAUAUACAAUUUUUUUGUAGUAUGUAUAAAUAAAUAAAAUCUAAUGAUAAACAAAAACAAAUAUAAAUAGUUGAAAUAAACAUAGAAGCAGAGAAAUUUAAUGAAUGACUGUAUUGCUUGUGUAUCCCGGUAUUGUACAAUUUAAUAUUUAUACUCACAGAUAGUGAAAUCAACUUUUUGUUGUAAAAGAUUAAAUAUUUUAAAUAAAUUAUAAAAAUUUGCUGAUAAAAGCUAAAUUUACAGCGCUAGAGAAACGUCACAAUAAAAUCAACUUUACAUAUUUUUAAUCAGAAACUUCUGAAGACGCUAUUGAUCAUACUAGUGAUUUUGACGAAUCCGGCGACGAUAUGACUGAAGGUAAAAAUGUACCUACCACCCCUAAGCCCAGUUCUAGUGCUGAGGUGCCUUUUAGAAGAGGAGGAGAUUUUCGCAAAACAUCUUUAAGUCUGAACCGUCUAGUGGGUGUUAUCGAUGAGGGUACAAAUACGGUUAGUUUUUCUAUCUACACCACACCCGAAUUUAAGGAGAUAGCCAGUCAUCAUAUAGAAAAACAAAUGAUUACCGUUAAAGACGGCUGGUUUGAACAGGAUCCUAUAGCCAUUAUCAACAAUGUUUAUCGUUGCUGUGAAGUAGCUGUUAGUAUGCUGCCUUCUUUGGGUUAUCGCAAGGAGGAUAUUUUCACGAUAGGCAUUACCAAUCAAAGAGAAACUACUGUAGUUUGGGAUAGUGUUACGGGUAAACCUUUAUAUAAUGCCAUUAUUUGGAAUGAUAUACGUACUACAGAAACUGUAGAUCAAAUUUUGGCCAAAAUACCGGAACAGAAUAAAAAUCAUUUUAAAGAUAUUGUGGGUUUACCCGUAUCACCUUAUUUUUCGGCUUUAAAGAUCAGAUGGCUUAAGGAUAAUGUGGCUGCCGUGCGUAAAGCUUGCCGGGAGAAACGUUGUAAGGCGGGUACUAUUGACACUUGGAUUGUGUGGAAUUUAACCAGGGGUGCUCUACACAUAACCGACGUUACCAAUGCCUCGCGUACCAUGCUCAUGAAUAUUGAAACUCUCGAAUGGGAUCCUGUUUUAUUAAAAACCUUCUCCAUUCAUGCCGACAUGCUGCCCGAUAUAAGAAGUUGUUCAGAAAUUUAUGGUAAAGUUUUGGAUGAUCGUUCUGUACUCAAGGGCAUGCCCAUCAGUGGUAUAUUGGGCAAUCAACAAGCUUCUCUGCUGGGACAAAUGUGUAUUAAACCGGGACAAACUAAGAACACCUAUAGAUCUGGUUGCUUUUUACUCUGCAACACUGGCACCACACCAAUUAUUUCAUCUAGGGGUUUAUUGACCACUGUGGCUUAUAAAUUGGGACCCAAUAUGCCACCAGUAUAUGCCUUAGAGGGCUCGGUGGCAGUAGCUGGUCAUGCUUUGGAAUGGUUACAAAAUAAAGUACGUAUAGUGCCAAAAGCUUCCGAUGCUGAACAGUAUGCAGAAGCAGUACAAACUACAGGAGAUGUUUACUUUGUGCCCGCAUUUACUGGUCUCUAUGCCCCCUAUUGGCGUAAAGAUGCUCGUGGUAUGAUUAUAGGUCUAACACAAUUCACCACUAAACAUCAUGUGGUAAGAGCUGCUCUUGAAGCUAUAUGCUUUCAAUCCAGAGAUAUUUUAGAGUGUAUGUAUAAAGAGGGUGGUUUUAAAUUCAAUAAACUGCAUGCCGAUGGUGCCUUAUCAUCCAAUAAUGUUUUAAUGCAGCUGCAAGCUGAUACAGCGGGUGUACCCGUAUUUCGUUCUCAACUCUUAGAUUCUACUGCUUUCGGAGCGGCCAUGUGUGCUGCUCAGGCCGAGGGUAUAGAAUUGUGUAAAUUUGAUCCCGAGAAAAGGCAUUAUGAUAAUAUUUAUUAUGAUACCUUUUUGCCAACAAGUACAGAUGAAGAACGAGCUCACAGAUAUGGCAAAUGGAAGAAGGCGGUAGAACGUAGUUUCGAUUGGGCUGAUCGUGGCAAAUCGAAACAUAUGACAGAAGAAAGAUAUCGUAUGUUGUCAUCAGUACCUGCUAGUUUAUUCCUAAUCACAACAUUUGCUAUGUUGGCUCAUUCUUUAAGAAAUAUUAAAUCAUAGACAAUCAUUGAAAUCAGGAAAGAAAGAAAUCUUUUAUAUAGAGAUGUUAUAAGGAAAGACAAUUAAAAGUAAUAAAGUUAAGAAUAAGAAAGACAUUAAAAUUGACAUAACUUUGAACUCUUGUGUUCUUAGUUUCUAAAAUGUUAUAAUUACUAAGUAUACUUCAGUCCCAUAAUUACUUUAACACAAGUUUUCAAUACUUUCUGUUAUAUAACAUCUUUAAAAUUUGCCACAAUUUCCUUAAUUUCCUUUAAGGUUUUAACUUAAUGACUUUUAAUAUAAAUAACUUUCUUGUACUUAUAAAGUAUUUAAUUGUAAAUAAUUAAUUUUUUUAAAUUGUUAAUGCCGUUUUUUUAAUAAUUUUUAUCUUCUUGUUAUAUAUUUUUUCUUUGUUUUUAGUUUUUAAUUAUAGCCAACUAUUUGUGAUAAAAAUUUAUACAACUUUUAACGUGUUUGUAUAUAAUAUAUAUAUAACAGUUAAAUUUUAGGCCCCUAAUAGGUAUUCUUUAA